AACGCGACGUUUAGCGAUUUUCGCGACUUUCAAGAAAACACGACUUCAUUACGUCACCAGGUACCUUCCUGGUGGACUCACAGCACGGCGUGAUUUCUCUUUCAUGCUUGUGGGUUUGUUCCACAACAUCCACAACCCUUCCUUCCCAACAUCAAUUGCUAAGUCAAGAAACAUUGCUAACCAUGGCUGUCGAUAUGGAUACCUACAUGAAAACAUGGGCCUGGGCCUCCGCCGUUCUGGUGAUGAAGAUGAUGAUCACUCAUCUUCUGGUCGUUCGCGUGCGCAUUGCCAACGAAUUGAAGGGCAAGUUUGGAGAAGAGGAAACCACUCCGGAAGCGCAACUCGAUCAGUGGCAUGGCAGAUGGUUGUAUCCAAUCCUUUACUACUCCAUGGGUAGUUUCGCCGGCCCCUACCGCACCAUGAACGACAUGGUUCGUUUCCAAUGCAUGGCACGCAACGCUUGCGAAAAUGAAGCUCAAUUCCUAUUGGUAGCCUAUGCUUGGACUCUGGUGGACGAAAUGCCGGAUUGGGCUCCCCAAGCACUCGUGAUUUUUGUCUACAGUCGCAUUUUGCAUUUUGUCAUUUACGCCUUUGUCCGAAUUCAACCUUGGAGAGCCGUGGUGUGGACGGUCGGCGUUGUGAUUAAUAUGGCUAUUGCUGGAAAUAUCCUAAUGCAAGUCCCUAUGGGUGGAGUGACAAAAUCGGAGCUGUAAUUCUGUACUGAAUGCUACUUGUAAUGAGUAGUUUCUCAAAUGGAGCGAGACCUCGCGGCACAAGAAGAAAUCUGCUCUAGAAGAGCAAAUACCGGUACAUGCACCUGCAACAAAAAUGUAUUUUAUGAAGCAAAGCCAUGCACAGCCAUUACCGUGUACUGUCAAAAUAAUCGUUAGUUAAGGCCCCUUGUCCCAC